CUAAUGAGAAGAGCGUUUUGGUCACGAGUGCUUGAACUUAAGAAGUGUGCCACAUUUCCUGGUUUGAGCUGGCACACUUUGGGGGGAGGGGGCUAUUUUUGUGGUUCAUUACGUUACCACAGAGUAGUGUGCUGUGGUUGGACACAUUUCUAUUUUGUUCACAACAUCGGCUUUCAAAAUAUUUUGGGGAUCGCUCAAAUUUUAGGGUUUGCUUCAGCGCCCACAGUUCAUUGUCUGUCGAUAUGCGGGGACCAGUCCAGGAGUUUGUGACACGUACACGGAGCGAUGGACUGGUCGCGAGGCCAGCCCUGAAGUUCGAGCCCACCCAAAAGCCUGCCUAUGAAUUCAUCCUCAAAUGUGUUUUUGAACCCCCCAAAAAAUGUUUUUGAUGGAAUGUGGUGAUAAGCGUCCACUUUGGCAUUGACCAAAAAGUCAAGCUUGUGAAAAUCGGUUGAGAAAUGAGCAGGUUUUGGCCUCGUUUCAAUGUCCAAAUUGUGUUUUCAAGGCGUCAAACGUUCAGAAGCGUCCUUUCUUUCCCAAAUGAGGUCGUGGGCUGCAGGACCCCCGCUCGCAACGCUUGUUUAUCAAAUGCAAAAAAUGUUUGCAACAUGGCAGCGGUCAAGGUCUGAAGAACAUUGACCUGGAUCAACUCGGCUUUGUUCGGAGCCCGACCUCCGAGUCCAACGACGGAACGAAGCAGCGUGAUGUCGCCUCACUCGAACCCUCCUCGACGCUGUUCGGAAGCGCUCUCGUCAGCGAGCGUCGCCGAGCCCCCGCCCCCCUCCGCCCGCCCCCCGCCCCCCCAGUCAGCUGACCGUCGUUGGGUCUGCUGACUGUCAAGCGGCUUCGGAGCUCCUCGGCGGACUCGUCGCCGUCCUUCUCCGGGCGCUCGGCUCGUCAAGGUGGAUCUCCGACACUGAGUGGAAACUGAAUUUCUAGACUGGCUCUCUCGGCCGGACCUUUGGCCUCCUCCAGCCGAGCUCGGCGCACCUCGCCCGGCGCGCCUGGCUCCCCGCCCGCCUCGGAGCGCCAUGGCCCUGGCGGAGGUCGCCAUGCAGGGCCUGGCCGUGUUCGGCUUGCUGCUGUUCGCGGUGCUGUGGCUUAUGCACUUCAUGUCCAUCAUUUACGUGCGCCUGCAUCUGCACAAGAAGAGGUCGGAGGUCAAACAGCCGGCCGGCGUGUCUCUGCUGAAGCCGCUGAAGGGCGUCGACCCCAACCUCGUCGCCAACCUGGAGACCUUCUUCACCAUGGACUACCCCAAGUACGAGGUGCUGCUGUGCGUUCAGGACCAGGACGACCCGGCGGUGGACGUUUGUAAGAAACUCUUGGGGAAGUACCCCGGCGUGGACGCGCGCCUCUUCAUCGGGGGCAAGAAGGUGGGCAUCAACCCCAAGAUAAACAACCUGAUGCCAGGCUACGAGGGCGCCAAGUACGGCCUGGUGUGGAUCUGCGACAGCGGCAUCCGAGUGAAAGCGGACACGCUGACAGAUCUGACCAAUCAGAUGACGGAAAAGGUCGGCCUGGUGCACGGCCUGCCGUACGUCGCCGACCGCCAGGGCUUCGCCGCUACGCUGGAGCAGGUCUACUUCGGGACGUCGCACCCGCGCUCGUACAUUUCGGCCAACGUGAUGGGCAUCAAGUGCGUGACGGGCAUGUCGUGUUUGAUGCGGAAGGACGUCCUGGACCAGGCGGGCGGCCUGGUGGCCUUCGCGCAGUACAUCGCCGAAGAUUACUUCAUGGCCAAAGCCAUCGCCGACAGAGGCUGGAAGUUCUCCAUGGCGACGCAGGUGGCCUUGCAGAAUUCGGGCUCCUACUCCAUUGGCCAGUUCCAGUCCCGCUUGAUCAGGUGGACCAAGCUGCGCAUCAACAUGCUUCCCGGCACCGUGCUGGAGCCCGUGUCCGAGUGCUUCCUUGCCAGCCUCAUCAUCGGCUGGGCCGCGCAUCACGUCUUCAGGGCGGGCCGCCGAGCUUCUCCAAGCUGGACUUCGCCGUGGCGUGGUUCAUCCGCGAGUCCAUGGCGGUGCAGAUCUUCCUCUCGGCGCUGUGGGAUCCCACCAUCAGCUGGCGGACCGGCCGGUACCGGCUCCGAUGCGGCGGCACCGCCGAGGAGAUCCUGGACGUGUAGCGGCGACGACGCAGACCGAAGUGUAUUUUUUACGACUAUUUAUGUUCAUUUUGGUGCUAAUGUUAGCGAGGCCACGGCGGGCCAACGGAAGAAGAGACAGCGGAGCGCCCGGUUUUCGUGGAAACCAUCGACAAUGUGAAGGUGAUGCGGGAUGACACCGCCGAAGCGGUCCAAUCGGGAGGGAGCGCUGUCAGCCAUCCUAGUUUUUCUGUUUUGUUUUUUUCUUGUCACUAAAAUAUUCCGACGACGUCAAGCAGUGUUAUGAGGGUGCACGUUUUCUUCUUGUCUUAUGUCGCAACAUUUCAUGUCAACUAACAAGUUGUGCGCGCGUGUCCGGAAUUUCCCUCUACACUAUCACUUUAGCAUUAGCUCUUAGCGUAGCAUAGCAUAGCCAGCGGGGUUUCGCUUGAUGACAUCAUCGCUCAUGGUGUCGGAUGAACCUGCGAGGCUAACGUCCAAUCAGAUGUUGUUGCCAAUGGACCGAUCAGAACGCAGCAUUUUGUCCCCACAAGAACAAUAAAGUUUUAUCUUUUGAAAGGACCACCACGUGACUGUGUUUUGACACAAGACCAGCUGUCCCAUUUUUGCAGCCCUCGUGACCUGACUUGAUUUCGGCGGUGACCCGGCAUUGACGCCCGCAUUCACACCAAAGGACAAUUUAGAGCAGGUGCGAGUACCGCAGGCGAUAUGUGGGGACCCUCUCGUCUUUGUUUUGAAAUAUUUAAGCACAAUUUCUAUUUAACCUUUUUCUGCCAUACAUUUUAAUUGAAGUAUUUAAGUACAAUUUUUUGUUUGUGUUAUGUGAAAAAAUGCAUACUGUUACAGUAGCUUAUUAAAUAUACUUUUUAGGAAUAAAACCAUUUUUGUUGAA